UCGGAGACCAGCCUGCGGGGAUCGGUGUGCCGCUGCGGCCGCCGUGCGAGCACUCUCCAGGCUGGCCUCGGCGUCCUGCAGCUGCGGCGCGACGUGAAGAGGGGGCUUCCCGCUGCGAGGCUGCUGGGCUCUCGGUUUAAAGUAAUAUUGGAUAUUCAGAUCUCCUUUAAGCUAUAUUAACCCAGCAAGCCACGAAGCCAUAAUGUGGCAUACCAUCCUUUUCAAGAGGUGAAUGUUACGAAUAAAAAUGGCUGACAGAAGUGGGAAGAUUGUUCCAGGACAGGUGUACAUUGAAGUGGAAUAUGAUUAUGAAUAUGAAGCAAAGGACAGAAAGAUUGUGAUUAAACAGGGGGAGCGGUACAUCCUGGUGAAAAAGACCAAUGAUGACUGGUGGCAAGUGAAGCCAGAUGAGAAUUCCAAAGCGUUUUACGUGCCAGCCCAGUACGUGAAGGAGGUGGCUCGCAAGGCCCUCAUGCCACCUGCUAAGCAGGCCGUGGGACUGCCAAGUAACUCUGUGAAAGUGAUGCAGAGUCUGCAUCUUCAGAGGUCAACAGAAAAUGUGAACAAGUUGCCUGAGCUUUCGAGUUUUGGAAAGCCAUCAUUGUCUGUUCAAGGAACAGGUCUUAUUCGUGAUGCCAAUCAGAAUUUUGGACCCAAUUAUAAUCCAGGUCAGACUCUCACCCUAAGCCUGGACCUGACCCAUAAUAAUGGAAAGUUUAACAAUGACUCACAUUCUCCGAAAGUUUCCAGCCAGAAUAGGACACGCUUAUUUGGUCAUUUUCCUGGCCCAGAGUUCUUGGACAUAGAGAAAACCAGCUUCUCUCAGGAGCAGUCUUGUGAUUCGGCAGGAGAAGGCUCAGAAAGAAUUCAUCAAGAUUCCGAAUCUGGUGAUGAACUUAGCAGCAGCUCCACUGAACAGAUAAGGGCAACUACACCUCCGAAUCAAGGAAGGCCAGAUUCUCCAGUCUAUGCUAAUUUACAGGAACUGAAAAUAUCCCAGUCUGCUCUUCCCCCGCUGCCAGGGAGCCCAGCAAUUCAGAUUAAUGGAGAAUGGGAAACUCAUAAAGAUAGUUCAGGGCGCUGUUACUACUACAACAGAGGAACCCAGGAAAGAACCUGGAAACCACCCCGUUGGACUCGGGAUGCCAGCAUCAGCAAAGAUUUCCAAAGUUCAGGAGAUCAGGAGCUUCUUUCAUCAGAAGAAAACUCCCACAGCGUUUGUUACAGCCAGUCAGAUAGUCAGUGUGGUUCUCCUCCAAGGGGUUGGUCAGAAGAGUUGGAUGAACGUGGGCAUACCUUAUAUACCAGUGACUAUACUAAUGAAAAGUGGCUCAAGCAUGUUGACGAUCAAGGUAGACAAUAUUACUACAGUGCAGAUGGAUCUCGGUCAGAGUGGGAAUUGCCAAAGUAUAACGCUUCAUCUCAGCAGCAAAGAGAAAUAAUUAAAAGUAGGAGCCUGGACAGGCGGCUGCAAGAACCAAUAGUAUUAACAAAGUGGAGACACAGCACCAUUGUGUUGGAUACCAACGAUAAGGAAUCUCCAACUGCCUCAAAACCCUGCUUUCCUGAAAAUGAGUCUUCUCCCUGUUCACCACAGAACCAAGAUACAGGUCAAGAAAAAUAUGGAUUAUUAAAUGUAACAAAAAUUACUGAAAAUGGGAAGAAGGUUCGGAAGAACUGGUUGUCUUCCUGGGCAGUGUUGCAUGGUUCAUCUUUACUUUUUACCAAAACCCAAGGAAGUAGCACGAGUUGGUUUGGGAGUAAUCAGUCCAAACCAGAGUUCACAGUGGACCUCAAGGGGGCGACGAUUGAGAUGGCUUCGAAGGAUAAAUCCAGCAAAAAGAAUGUAUUUGAGCUGAAAACUCGUCAAGGAACAGAGCUACUAAUUCAGUCUGACAAUGACACUGUCAUCAGUGACUGGUUUAAAGUUCUCAGUAACACUAUCAGUAAUCAGACAGUAGAACCUGAUGAAGCCACUGAAGAGGAGAUACCAGAUUCACCAGGAAUCGAAAAGCAUGAUAAAGAGAAGGACCAGAAGGAUCCUAAAAAGCUUCGCUCAAUGAAAGUAUCUAGCAUAGAUUCCUCAGAACAGAAGAAAACCAAGAAAAACUUAAAGAAGUUUCUCACACGACGCCCCACUUUGCAAGCCGUUCGUGAAAAAGGUUAUAUUAAAGACCAGGUAUUUGGAUCCAACCUUGCUAAUCUGUGUCAGAGAGAAAAUAGCACAGUGCCAAAGUUUGUGAAGUUAUGUAUUGAACAUGUUGAAGAACAUGGUCUGGAUGUGGACGGGAUAUACAGAGUAAGUGGCAACCUUGCCGUGAUCCAGAAGCUGAGAUUUGCCGUCAAUCAUGAUGAGAAAUUGGACUUGAAUGAUAGUAAAUGGGAAGAUAUUCAUGUUAUCACUGGAGCACUCAAAAUGUUUUUUCGAGAAUUACCAGAGCCCCUUUUUACAUUUAAUCAUUUUAAUGAUUUUGUCAAUGCAAUCAAACAGGAACCAAGACUGCGAGUUGCUGCCGUUAAGGACCUAAUCAGACAGUUGCCAAAGCCAAAUCAAGAUACAAUGCAGAUUCUUUUUAGACAUCUCAAAAGAGUUAUAGAACAUGGAGAAAAAAACCGAAUGACCUAUCAGAGUAUAGCGAUUGUUUUUGGUCCUACUCUGUUAAAGCCAGAGAAAGAGACUGGUAACAUAGCGGUUCAUACUGUGUACCAAAACCAGAUUGUAGAAUUAAUUCUCCUGGAACUAAGUUCCAUCUUCGGACGUUGAUUCUUACUGAAGACAACCUGCGGAAUAAAAGCUGGAUUCCAUCGGAUUUCAAGUCUUUGUAUACCAUGUAUUUUAUUUUUUGGACCAAGCAGUAACUUUUGAUUUUGCACUUUUUUGAGGGAUGAGAAGGGAAGGGGAGAGUCAAGAUGGGUGUUAGGCCCUCCUGUUUGCUGCUUUGUUGCGAGUUGAUACAACUGUAUGUAAGUUUGAAUUCAUUCUAUCCUGAAUGUUUGCAUUUCAUACUCUGAAUUUCAGUAAAAAUCAAAACUUAACAGUUCUAACCAGUCGUAUACACUGGAUAAUUUGGUAAGAAAACCACAUUUAUUUUUUCCCUCAAACUGGAUAAUGUAGAAUUUGUUCUCAAGCACUAUAGGUUCCUCACUUGAUAGAAUACUUACUAUCAGUUAUUUUGAAAACGCUCCUGGGCAUUUUAAACAAAAUGAAGUAUAUUCGUUUUGAAACCUGUGUAUUCCUUUUUCAGGGUUUCUGCAUGCAGUGGCAGUCUAAGUGCUAAAAUUCCCUAGAAGCCCGAGGGAAUCCCCCGUGAAGGCUUGCUGCCUCACUGUGUCACACAGCAGCCUUCCCGGGUAUCUUAGUUGCUUGUUUGAGCAGCACACUAAUAUUACUUAAAACACUGUGAUAGACUGGAGUUUUAGUUAGCACAAGUCAGUUCAGGGCACUUAGGGCCGUCUUGCUAUCCUGAAUUGUAGCUACCAAUCCUAAUAAUAUCUAGUGCCAUACUGAGUUCUUGGUAUGACCCUGUGGAAACAGACAUUAUUUGAUGUAAAUAUAGGCUAAAGACUUAAUGUCUAUUAGCUUCUGUAUAUAACUGUGUUGUAUAGUCUCAGAGCACAUUCUAACCCUAUGUUUCUAAUCAUGAGAUUGGUAACCUUUUCCGUGAAUAUUAGGUUUCCUCCAGAAAUAGGCCGUUACCUGGGAAAGUUAACUGUGUGCACUUUUAGAUACUAAUUACAUUUACAGGUAAAUCACUGUAAUGCAAAUGGUACUGGAAAAAUACUGAAUAGACUUGCUCAAUGGUAAAUGCACUACAAGGGGAACCUUUUUAGAUUAUUUAAUAUGUACAGAAAACGUUAGAAAAAAUUUUAUUACAUAAUUCUCUAACUCUGCAGGCUGAAUAGUGGAAACCCAUGUGUAAAUUAGAUGGAUGUUGGAUGGCAAAUGACGUUGCUAAAUUUGAGAAUUUCUUUUUACAUACUAAUGUAGAUUGAUUUGUAUAAUAAAACAGGGUUUGGAAGGUUUUGUUACAGGGAGCAUGGUCUGUUGAAGAUUUUUUUAAAUGUAUUUUUCUAGAUUAACUGCUGUAUAUGAAAUGUCUAAUCUAAUAAAGAAAACUAUUAAGAGGUUUAGAGAUUUUUCCAUUGGAAA